AUGGGUGAUUUCGAUUUGAAAAAGGAAGAUAAAAAGCAGAGAAGAAACGCAGGAAAAGAAGAUUCUUGCCAUUGUCCGAAUAUUCACAAACAUGGACGGUCUAAAAGUGCGUCUUCAGAUCGAGAUCUUCAUGUUUCACAAUCUGCUAAGAACUUGACUAGAAUGCAAACAUCCUCUGUUCAAACGACAACAAACAAGAAACCAAAACCUCUGCAUAAUUGUCAAACAUUUAUUAAAAAGAAUCCGUCUUCUAACGAUAGAACUCCCUUGGAACGAGAUGUUGAGCAGCUUCACCUUCGUCUGCAACAAGAAAAAUCUAUGAGAAUGGUGUUAGAGAAAGCAAUAGGACGUGCUUCAAGCAGUUUAUCACCAGGACACAGACAUUUUUCUUCUCAAACAAAAGAACUUAUCACUGAGAUUGAAUUGCUAGAAGCAGAGGUCGCAAAUCGCGAGCAUCAUGUGCUUUCUCUGUAUCGAAGUAUAUUUGAACAGACGAUAAGCAGAGCAUCUUCAGAGCAAAGCUCAGGGAUUUCUUCUCCAGCUCAUCAUAUAAAGCAGCCAACGAGGAAGCACCCAAGUGUCAUUUCAAAUGCAUUUUGUUCUUCCAAGAAUUUCCCUCUAAAGCCUUGGCAUGCUCUUAAAGAUUUUAGCAGAAAAUCCUCCAACAAGGAUCAAUCUUCUCAGUUACAGGACAAAAACUGUGUUCCUUCAACAACAAGUUGUCUUAAGGAUUCAGUAACAGAGAAAUCUCCAUCACAAAGAACUCUAAAAGACCAUUUGUACCAAUGCCCAAGCAAGUUGUCUGAAGAAAUGGUCAAGUGUAUGGCUUCAGUAUCGGCGACGAGCAAUGUGAUCAUCCCUAAGAACGUUAUGAGUGAAGACCGAGCUUGGUCCUGCAGAUCCAUGGUAGAAGUAUCUUGGAUCUCAUCAGACAAGAGAAGAUUUUCUCAAGCAUCUUAUGCUAUUGACAACUAUAGGCUCCUUGUUGAACAACUUGAGAGAGUUACUUUAAAUCAAAUGGAAAGCAAUGCAAAGCUAGCAUUUUGGAUCAAUAUUUACAAUGCUCUCCUCAUGCAUGCGUACUUAGCAUAUGGUAUACCUGCAAAUUCUCUCAGAAGGUUAGCUUUGUUUCACAAGUCUGCGUAUAAUAUCGGUGGACACAUCAUAAACGCGAACACCAUUGAAUACGCUAUCUUCUGCUUCCAAACUCCACGAAGUGGACGUUGGCUUGAGACUGUUAUUUCAACCGCCUUGAGGAAUAAACCAGCCGAAGAUAAAGUAAGUUCAAAGUUCAGCCUUCACAAACCAGAGCCACUUCUCUGUUUUGCUCUUUGCACUGGUGCUAUCUCAGAUCCAGUGUUAAAAGCAUACACCGCAACAAACGUUAGAGAGGAACUAGAAGCUUCGAAAAGAGAGUUUCUUCAAGCAAAUGUGGUUAUAAAGAUGCAGAAGAAAGUGUUCUUACCAAAGAUUAUAGAGAGGUAUACAAAGGAAGCUUCUCUGAGCUCAGAUGAUUUGAUGAGAUGGUUAAUAGAUAACGUAGACGAAAAGCUUGGGGAAUCGAUACAAAAAUGCGUAGAAGGGAAACCAAACUACAAGAAAUCGUCUCAGUUUGUUGAAUGGUUGCCAUAUAGCACAAGGUUCCGUUAUGUUUUCUCAAAGGACUUGAUGGAGAAAAAGGCUUGGUGGGUUUAA